AUGAGCCGACCGCACCCGACGGCGAGGAUGCAGGAUCCUGCUGGAGGCGUCCCUCCGCAGUUGCUUCCACACAUGCACCUCGUUUCCUCCUACCGGUAUCCCGCAACGGCCGCAUUUACACACGAGACGGCAGUGGAAUACCUCCUGUCGGCGCCCAAGGUCGUGAGAGAGCUCCAGCCUAUGCAUUGGAUGUACCUCGAUGGCCCGCCGGACAACACAGUGAUGCUCACCUGGCAGCCGCUGAACCACCUGGGUACCAAUUUCGCGAGUGACGGUUAUGUCUGGGCUGAUGUCGAGCAGGCCUAUACGGUCGAAGUUCGGGGCUACAUUCUGGAAAUCUACAUGCACAGGACCGGAUACCACCCGCCUAACGAGAACAUGGCGACACAUUCGCGUCGCAGAUUCCGACUCACCGGCCUGAAGACACCCAAUCCAAACCUCCCACAGUGCGACCCGUCGCUAUGGAUCGUUUUCUACGGCAAGGCGCCCUCCAUCGACCAGCUUCCAGCGUCUCGCAUCCCCGUCUCUCCACAGACACAGAACAUUCUCGGCCAACGUCGCUAUAUCCAGAGCCAAGGACAGCUCGCUCGGAAAGAGUUCAUGCUCCAUGACAGGAAUAACUGGCCCACCAUUAAUCUACCCCCGCAUGGACAGCAGCAGGCCUACUCGCAAGCAUAUGCUGCUCAAAUGCUCGCGCGCCAACAGCCCCAACACGUACCCGGACAACAGCAAGUUGUCGGCUAUCCCGGUACUCAGGCGAAGAUCCCUCGCACUCAUCGAGGCCCAGCUCCCGGAAUACCUGCCGUUCCUGACUUUUCACUAGACGAGGAGGAAGUGUCGACAGGCGAUAUUCUCGACGCGCUGACACCUAGAGACAUCAGCCGCAUGCGUUAUAGGAACCACCACGAAUGGAUGGAAGAGAUAUUUGCGUCGCCUUAUCGGAUGGACCAGAUACUUCCAGUAGAUCUCGGGCUUGGUCGCAAGGGGGAGCUGGAAAGUCUAACAAAGGGCUUCUUCUACGCUCCAGGCGCGCUGGCAUCCCAGCGAAAGGAGCCCAGAGAGGGAGGUGAAGGCCCUCCACCAGCUACGGGCAAGAUGGACCCCCAGAAGGCGGAAGAUUUUGCUAGCUCAGUCGCGAAGAAGCUCGCCGACAUGAACGCUGAGAUGGAGAGUAUGAGGAAAAAACACGCCCGGAAGCUAGAGAAAACAAAGAAGCUAUCAGCCUUGAGGGAAGCGGAGUUGAACCUGCGGGAUGCGGCUGUUGACCCAUCUGACGUAGGUGACGAAAUCUGGAGAGUCGAGGGACGUCUACACCAGGAGGUGGAGGAGGGUAUGUCUCCCGUUGAUUACAGUGAGAAACCGCCGAAGAAGAAGGUAGACGACAUCGUCAAGGGACUACAAGCUAGCUGGGGGAGGAUCGUUGUGCCAGUCGCCGAUAUCAAAUGUCUAGAAAAGGGAGGCCUACAGGAGCGGGUGAAGCAGCUUCCACCUCAACCCUUAGCAGAGGUCAACAUGAUCAGCACAGCACCGUAUACCCAGUAUAACGGAACAGUAAGCUCCACUGCCGGAGUCCCUGGAGUCACGGUAUCUGCACAGGGGGUACCUACAUCAGCAGCCGCACAGCCAGUGCCGUCAUCGGUUGCACCUCCACAACCCGUCUCAGCGGCGCCACAGACCGGCGAGGACGUCGUGAUGGGUGGUGUUGACUCUAUUCAGUCACAUGCCGCAACCGCGCAGCCAGCACCGGUCGAAGGGGAUGCUGACUGGGUGAUGGUAAAUAAGGACGGCCAGCCAUCGCCAUCCAAGGGCGUCAGUCCGGGCAUCAACCCACAGCAAACGGCCAGUGGAGCACCCAGCACGACUCUCCAGGCUGCACCAGCUCCCAUACUCGCACCGGAUGCGGCAUCGGGAGCCACACCGGGAGUAUCUGGAGAAUUCGAGGAUGACAACAUCAACACCGCCGGAGAAGCACUGGCAGACUACCAUGGAGACGUCGAGGGCCUCGAUAUGGGCGACCUGGACGACUCUGCCUUUGGAGACGCCUUCCACGCCACCGAGGGGGAUCUGGGGGAGCAUCAUCACGACACUGAUGAGAUCGCGUAA